GUCUGCCACCUUUCACUCGUAGUCCUGCUAUCGAUCCAUCCACACCAUUCCUUGCCUCCUCAUUGCUGUGGAAUCAUGUCAAAACCAGUUGUUCUCGUUCUCGGCACUAACGGCUACGUCGGAAAAGCGACAGUGAAGAGUCUGAGUGAAACCUACGCCGACAAGGUCGUCAUCAAGGCCGCGUCACGUGACCCCGCCAAGCUCGGCGAACUGCGCGAUCUGAAGGGAGUCGAGCUGGUCGCACUCGAUAUGUCGGCGCCCGACGCCGCUUCCCACAUCAAAGCGACCGGCGCCUCUACGGUCUACAUCGUCACUCCGGGAGUGGAAAAUCGUGCAGCCAUCACAUCCAAUGCAGCCAAUGCAAGCAAAGAGGCGAAUGUCAGGCAUCUCGUCCUAGUGUCGACCUUCAUGGCCGAUACGAAGGAUACCGUGUUGGGAAGUCAGUUUACGGAAAUAGAGAGUCACGUGAAGAAGCUGGGAUUGCCGUACACGCUUCUUCGACUGCCAGUCUUUAUCGACAAUUUCUGGGCGGAUGCUGAAACCAUCAAAAAGCAAUCCACAAAGUAUGGAGCAAUAAAUCCUGAUGCUGCUUUUACACCCAUUGCUGUCAGUGACAUAGGAAAGGCGUCUGCUGCUGUUUUGGCUAAUCCUGGCCUGUAUGUGAACAAGACCAUCAAGCUUGCUACCAAAGCUUGCACUUACAAUGAUGUGGUGAAAGCCUUCAGUGAGUCACUUGGGAGAGAAAUCAAAUAUGUGCAAGUCCCGUAUGAGGUUGUCGCUAAAGGAGCUUUGGACAUGGGAUUUCCAGAGUGGCAGGCUAACGCACUCAUUGAAAUGAACAAGCUAAUCAACGCUGGCUCACCGGUCACUAAUGAUCCAGAAGGUGUGAUUCAAUUCAAAAGUAUCACUGGAUCUGAUCCGAUUCCUGUCGAGCAGUGGGUGGCAGCUGUAGCUGGCGGAUUCAAGUAACCUACAGGAAUUUACUGAAAAGAUUGAUGCUGCCAGUGUUCAGCAUUCUAGUUGAUUUUAGAAGAGUGUUUACAUUAGGAAAAAAGUUCAAGAAUGUGUUUGCAAUUUAUUCAGGCAAAUAAGUCAAAAUGUCUAAACUCACUCAGUGACUGUUACCUUCAUUAUUUCUCUCAGAUUCUUUCCUUACCAACUCUAGAUAAUAAAGUGUGCAUAUUCACUUCAA